UCGGCAGCAGUAGCGAUAGUGCAGGUGCAGUGUGUCUGCGUGUGUGUGAGAGAGAGAGGCGCGCGCGCUGUGAGGAUGGCGGAUCUCGCGCAGAGCGGCAGUGACGGAGAGCAGCGCGCACGGGGCUUCGCGCGCCAGGGCGCCCUGAGGCAGAAGAACGUGCACGAGGUGAAGAACCACAAGUUCAUCGCGAGGUUCUUCAAGCAGCCCACCUUCUGCAGCCACUGCACCGACUUUAUCUGGGGCUUUGGUAAACAAGGAUUCCAGUGUCAAGUGUGCUGCUUCGUGGUUCAUAAGCGCUGCCAUGAGUUUGUCACUUUUUCCUGUCCGGGAGCAGAUAAAGGACCUGCGUCUGACGAUCCGCGGAGUAAGCACAAGUUUAAGGUGCAUACUUACUCCAGCCCGACGUUCUGCGAUCACUGCGGUUCUCUGCUGUACGGACUCAUUCACCAGGGCAUGAGAUGUGACCAUUGUAUGAUGAAUAUUCAUAAGCGCUGUGUGGCCAAUGUUCCCAGUCUGUGUGGAACUGACCACACCGAGCGCCGCGGCCGCAUCCAGAUCACUGCUGACAUCAAGAACAACGCCCUGACCGUCAGCAUUAAGGAGGCGAAGAACCUGGUACCCAUGGACCCAAACGGCCUGUCUGAUCCUUACGUCAAACUCAAGCUCAUCCCUGACCCAAAAAGUGAAAGCAAACAGAAAACCAAAACCAUCAAGUGCUGCCUGAACCCCACAUGGAAUGAAACAUUUACAUUUAAUCUGAAGGAUGCAGAUAAGGACCGCAGGUUGUCAGUGGAGAUUUGGGAUUGGGACCUGACCAGCAGGAAUGACUUCAUGGGCUCCCUUUCAUUCGGUAUCUCAGAGUUACAGAAGCAGGGGGUGGACGGCUGGUUUAAGCUGCUGAGUCAGGAGGAGGGGGAGUACUUUAACGUUCCUGUUCCUCCGGAGGGAGAAGAGGGCAAUGAAGAGCUCAGGCAGAAAUUUGAGAGAGCCAAAAUUGGUGCAGGCACCAAGAACACUGACAGCUCCUCCAAUGCCAUCUCCAAAUUUGACAGCAAUGGGAACCGAGAUCGGAUGAAGCUCUCUGACUUCAAUUUCCUAAUGGUGCUUGGAAAAGGCAGCUUUGGCAAGGUGAUGCUGGCUGAGCGUAAGGGGACGGAUGAGCUGUUUGCAAUAAAGGUUCUGAAGAAGGAUGUGGUGAUUCAGGAUGAUGAUGUGGAAUGUACGAUGGUGGAGAAGAGAGUGCUGGCUUUAGCAGGAAAACCCCCAUUCCUCACACAGCUGCACUCCUGCUUCCAGACCAUGGACCGUCUGUACUUUGUUAUGGAGUACAUUAAUGGAGGAGAUCUGAUGUACCAGAUCCAGCAGGUUGGCAAGUUCAAGGAGCCCCACGCUGUGUUCUAUUCUGCUGAGAUUGCUAUAGGCCUGUUCUUCCUGCACACAAAGGGCAUCAUUUACAGGGAUCUGAAGUUGGAUAAUGUGAUGCUGGACGCUGAGGGUCAUAUUAAGAUCGCUGAUUUCGGGAUGUGUAAGGAGAACAUGUCUGAGGGAGUGACCACCAAGACCUUCUGUGGAACUCCAGACUACAUUGCCCCUGAGAUCAUUGCGUAUCAGCCGUAUGGGAAGUCAGUGGACUGGUGGGCAUUUGGAGUGCUGCUGUAUGAGAUGCUGGCGGGACAGCCUCCAUUUGAUGGAGAGGAUGAAGAUGAGCUGUUUCAGUCCAUCAUGGAGCAUCAUGUGUCCUAUCCCAAAUCCAUGUCUAAAGAGGCUGUGGCCAUCUGUAAAGGGUUGAUGACUAAGCAUCCUGGGAAGCGUCUGGGCUGUGGUCCGGAGGGUGAACGGGACAUCAGGGAGCACGGCUUUUUCCGCUACAUGGAUUGGGAAAAACUGGAGAACAAAGAGGUUCAACCACCAUUUAAACCUAAAGCUUGCGGCCGGGAUGCAGAGAACUUUGACCGUUUUUUCACGCGUCAUCCUCCAGUUCUCACUCCCCCAGACCAGGAGGUCAUCAUGAACCUCGACCAAGACGAGUUUGAGGGCUUUUCCUUCAUAAACCCUGAAUAUCCUGCCAUGGAAACCCCCACCACCCCUCCAUAAGCCCACCCAACUAGAGCUACAUCAUCCCUCAUUCCAGCCAAUCCCCUCUCACUUCCAUUGGCGUGUUCCCCCCUAGUGGCCGCCAGGCUGUGGUGCAUAUGAGCAUAAUAAUUAGUCAUGUGGCAAUAUUUAACCAACUACAUACGUGUAGAUGCAUGCAAUACUUUGGUAUAUUAGCUAGCUAGUCUGAUGUUUGGGACAAAUACCUUAGGAAAUGUGUUUGUAUUUUUUAACCAGUGGCUUCUUGAUCACUGGCUUUUUUCUCUUUCUUGCACAUUUUAUCUCCAUCCCUCCUCUUGUUCAUGUGUUACCUAGUACACCAUGUCCCGUAGUCAGUUUAGGUGUGUGAUGUGCUUAGCUUAUCCUUUGGGAUCUGCAGUUCCCGCAGGCUGCAUGAGUGAUGUCCAGGAGGGACUUACUGCACAAUAGCUCACUGCAUCUCUUCUACUGCAUUGUUUGAGAUGUUGUAAUGAACUUAUUUUGUUUUCAAAGCCAUUUACUUCCUUUUUUGUUAUUUAUCUUUGAUUUAGUUUGCCUGUUCAAAUUUUCAUACAUGAGCAAGAACGCACACAGCCUCCAAAAUCACAAUUGCAUGACUAUUGCUUUCAUCGCAACUCCAGUAUGUAUUAGAUAAACGGCAUUUAAAGGCCAGGCCUGUUGUUCUGCACUCUGACCCGCUGACGGCAGGUGUUUGAAGCAUGUGUAACGGUUAUGUCUGCAGAAUGCAUCUGCAUUUUUAAACUGCGCUUGCCUGGAUGCGCCUUGCUGCUCGUGGUUUCUCUCGCUCGAAUUUCUGAAUGCCACUGGCUAUCGCCACCCCCUUUCAGACCUCCAUGCAUUGGGUUUACUCUCUACGGGCUCCGGUGAAUCUUCUACUGUGUGUGGUGACCCCUCCCACUUGGUGUAACAGCCAGGUGGAGAGGCAGUUAAUGUGUUCAACAGUGCUACCUCCUCCCAGAGACAGCAGUGUGGAAAGGGAAAACGAAGAACCUGUGGCCAACCUGUGCAAGACCUGCAGAGGCUUAAAGAUGCAGGAGAUGGCCAGUCUUUAUUUACAGCUAUAACACCUGCUGAACCACUCCCAAUAAACAGUCUGUCCACCAACCAUCUGAUCAUUAUUUCAUAAUGAGGCCCAUUAAAGUAUCACGAUUGAUACUGAGUCCACAUUCAACAGCCAAGACACUGAUGUGUUCUUCUUUAGUUACCAACAGUGGCAAAUCAAGGUCCUCGAAAAUCCACCUCAGGAAUUUAUACUGACAUACUGGGCAUCUCUUCUGCAGCCCAUUUAUACACAGAUUUGCCAGGAUAGAUUGCAUCCAUAGCUAACAAAUACUAAACUGUUACCAAACUCAUUUCUGUAAACUCACACCCCCAAAAAAGAAUUUAGAAAUGAUUUAAGAAGGCUGCAUAAACAUGCUAAACUUGAUUUAAGUUUUCAAGCACAAAAAACAGCAUUUUAGGGAUGCUUGUUAAAGUUUAGCUAGCUAUCUCUGUCAGGGGCUGACCAUUUACUCUGAUAGCUAAUCCUAAGUCUUAAAAUCUUUUAAUUUGUAGUAGUUAAACAGAACACUCAUGUUUUGUUUGUUUACUUGCUGAAGUUGAUUAUUUCCACCAUAGAGGAUCUAAAUCCCAAAAACGAACAUAGCGCAGUUGUAAGAGUGAGCCAGGCUGACUGUUUAGUGGGAGUGGAUCAAUAUUCAGGCAGUAGAUAAUUACACUGAUUGUACUGUUUGCACAGUGAAGUCCACACCAUUCCAACAUAUUCUUCCACUGACCUUUCAGAACCGGUACUGUUCUAGUCUGCAGUGUAAAUGAAUGUUAGAUUGUUUUACAACAUUACAACAUCUGCUCUGUCCUAAAGAAUGGACUUCUUUACUGGACUGGAAAUGUGGACUGUCUCAGAUAUCUGGACGUUUUUUGCACCCUGGGUUAUGGACAUAGAGCACACUUGAUGUUCACAGGUGUCUAGAGGGACAGGGACCAUCCUAGCAAUAACAUUAACACCAUGUGGAACUCAAAAAUAAACAAAAAUACAUGUGAGUGUAGAGACUGUUUAGCCAGUCUAUAUAGAAUCUAUAUUAAAUGUCAGUCGUAUUCGUCAGUGAAGCUCUAUGUAAUUAAUAAUUGUUUUUGAUCAUACAAAAGGAUGUACCGUUAUUAAAAUGUUUUAGCUUACUUAUAUUAGUAUCAGUACAAGUAAUAAUCAUUCAGGUCUCAUCGGUUACCUAAAAUGACUUGUUUGAUGAUGAAUGAAUUUAUCAGUUAUCAGAAAUUUAGCUCACUAAAAUUGUAAAAUAGUGUUUGUUAUAUCAUUUGAAAUGGAAAUAUAUAUUACAAAAUGAAUAUAUUAGCUGCAGUGACAUUUUUAGAUCAGUCACGCUUUAAAAUCUAUUUCGGUUCGUAUAAUAUUUAAUAUAUGCUGGUUGAUAGAAAUUGUUAUUGUUCUCAGCAGAUUUUAGUAUAAUUCUUGGGACCAAAUGCCAGUCAAGGUAUUAUUAAGCAUCAGACUUCUCAGUAUCAGCAAUACAGUAUUCAUACUUUAGUCACACUUUGUUUUUUAUUACAAUACACAGUACUGUGCAAAAGUUUUAGGCACCUAAGCUAAUUACACUAAUUCAUUUAUCUCAGCAAUACAAGUGUUUUUGCCUGAAAAAGCACCACAUAUGAUUUAAACAGAUGCAAAUAAACAUAAAUACAGUACAAAAAACAAGAAUUUCUCUUUUUUAGGUAAGUAGGUUGUAUCCUGAGCCGAGCUGUAGAACAAAGUGUAGUUCCAGAUUUCUCCUGGAUGCCCUCAGCCAGCAUGUGUGAAUGUUCAGUUCCGUCAGCAGCUCACCUAAAUUAACAUCAGUAAGAUUUUAUUUACCAAACUAGGUGUGGAUAUGAUGAGAACUAGAAAUAACUCUAUUAGACUCAUAAGAGAUUAGGAGCUGUUUUAAAGAAAACAGGGAUGUAAAAGCUCUGCUUUUUGUAAGUUUGCUGUUUGUAUUUAUUGUAAUGCUAGUGUUAAUAAACACUUACUUCACAGAUUCUUUUCUGAAAUUCACUCAGGUGCCUAAAACAUUUGCACAGUACUGUAUAAAAUGUAAAUUCCAGUUAAAGGCCAUAAAAAUCGUAUAUUGAUAUUAUAAAUUAUCUGUCUCUUAUAUUAAACAGUGUCAUUUUCAGCAUAAUCAACAAAACUCUAAUUUGAUGAUGAGAAUUUUUUGUUCCUUAAAAUCAGAUUUUUUUUAAAGAUAUAUACUAAUGUAAAUUCUUACAUACACUCUGUGAUAGUGGAUUUAACUAAAACCACAGGUGCUCCCCCUCCAGUCUUCACCUGCAGGACUUCAGGGCAGGGUUGAGCCUCAUCCUGCUCAGACCACUUCAAACCAGUUCAGCUCUUUAAAGGUUAAGGGUCAGAAUAUCAAAGCAUUUCUGCCAAAAGACUGUAUAGAGUGUAUUCUUCACCAGAGUCUGAGAUCAUCCUGAAACCUGUGUCAAAUGUGUGCACUGUGGCGAAGUGGUCAGUACUGAUCGUUAGUAGAUGAUUAGUGUGUGUUAUUUAAUAAUGCAGAUCCGUAUAGAGGACUGAAGCGCUUACUGCAUGACUUAUUAACUCAAACUGUGAUUCAUAACCAGAUCUAGACUGUAGACAUGUAGUAGUGUUACAGGGAGUGCUUUAGACUGUAUGCGUGUGUAUAUGUGUGUAUGUGCGCUUUAUAUCAUAUUAAAUUGCUUUUCAUGUGCCAAAGUAUGUUCCAGAAGCAAAAACAGAAAUUCAAUAAAAUGUAAAUCAUAAAACAUUUUUGUCAAGAUCUGGAGUGUACUGUUACCCUUUUACACCUGUUACACCUAUUAUGUUUGUGGGUGAGCGUGUGCAUGUGCAUGCUUCACAUCAUAUUCUAUUGCUUUUCAUGUGCCACAGUAUUUUUCAGAGGAAAAACUGAAAUUGAAUAAAAUGUGAAUCUGUGUUUGUUCA